AUGCGCUUCACUUCGCUUUUCGCAGCCGCCGCUGCAUUGACAUGCAGCACCGUCGGUGCCCAGGAGACUCUGGAGUCGACACAGAGGCAGGUCAUCACCAGUGCCACUACCACGUACACAAUCACGCGCACCGUCGAGCGUGUCGUACAGACGGCCUAUGCCACUAUGAGCGGUAACGGCACUUCACCUGCUUCGACGACUGUGGGUCCGAGCUCAACGAUCUAUGCGUACGGUAAUGGCACCAUCAGCUCCACAGGUGCCGCCCAUCCGUCCGCAAGCGCAGGCAAUCAAACCGCACGACCGCUACCCCAGACAGGCAGCGGCUCGACGAUCAGCAUGGACUUCGCCGCCAUCGUCGCCGUCGCAGGCAUGGCCGGCAUGCUAGUACUAUAA